AUGGCAGGAAAAAGUGACUCCAACAAAAAUCCUGAUUAUCCACGUCAAUUAAUUCAGGUAACUAAAUCAAAUAAAAGUGAAGAUGUUGUAAGGACUGAACUUAGAUUUGUUUCAUAUGAUUUGAAGACAAACUUGGAGCAAAGAUUUGGUUCUUCGGAAGGUUCAGCUGUUACACAAGCUUUGUGGUCUUUAUUAACGCAUUUGAAUAAAUUAAAUAAAGAUGGUGAUGCUACAGAGGAUGAUUUAUUAAUGCAAAAACAAAUUCUUGAAAUUCAACUUGAAAAAGCUAGAAAUAAUUUGGAGAAUAAUGAAAAGUAUAUGAGAGAGAUGAUGGAUAUGUUAAAAGAAAGUGAACAAAUUAUUAAAUAUGAUGGAAAUUGCCUACAACCAAAAUAUCAAAAAAGAGGAAUAUCUAUUGAAAGAAGUCAUCAUCAACAACCACGUUUAAAUCAACCAGCAGAAGUUAAAAAAAGAACAAAAAUAAUUACAAAUAAGGAAGAAGAUAUAAUAACAACAUCAUCUUAUAUUCAUCCCUCAAUAUGUGAAGUUAGAAAUAAUGAAAAUGGUAUUUUUAAUGGAGUAACAAAUACACAAUUAAAUGAUAAAGUCAGUCUUUCUAAUAGUAUGUGCCAGGCACUUCAUGAUAUCUCGAAACGAGUAAUGAGUCUUCAGUCUAGUAAUUCUUUUAAUGAUCCAAUUUUUAAAAGUAAAGUAAGAAACAUUCAGGAAAUGGUAAAUGAAUUAAAAGAAAUUAUAAUUCAAAGUAAUAAUGGUUCUGGAAAUGUUUCAAUUAAAACAUUAAAAAAUAAAUUUGAAGUUUUAACAAAUGCACUAAAUAAUUUAUAUAAUCAACAUCUUAAAAAUCAAGCAGCUUUUCAAAAUGUAAAUGGUGGUUUUACAAAAAAAUCUUUUCAUCAAUCAACUUACUAUAAAAAUUAA